UCCAAACUGUCCGACAUUGACAUACGGUUGAAAUAAACACAUACAUAGUACAUACAUAUACACUCCACAAAUCUGUUUUUUUAAGCAUAUUUCCUUUAGAACUACAUCGCAUAUAAAUAUAAUUUCAUAUAUUUUUAUACAUACAUAUAUGCGUGUAUACGAAAGACAACCAGCGAGAGAGAACGAUAGCUGCAUAAAUAAAAAUAAACUUUAACUUGACCUCGAGGCUGCAAUUGUGCGCGUCACCUAAAGAAAACGGAAAAACAGAAAGUGGACAACAAUGGCUGGCUCGGCGCUGCGACGCCUGAUGGCAGAGUACAAACAGUUAACAAUGGAUCCUCCAGAGGGCAUUGCAGCGGGACCCAUUAGUGAGGAUAACUUUUUUGAGUGGGAAGCACUUAUAGCCGGACCUGAAGGUACCUGCUUUGAAGGCGGAGUAUUUCCAGCGCGCCUUAUCUUUCCACCGGACUAUCCGCUGAGUCCACCAAAAAUGAAAUUCACUUGUGAUAUGUUUCAUCCAAACAUUUUUGCCGAUGGACGCGUUUGCAUAUCAAUAUUACAUGCACCUGGUGAUGAUCCCAUGGGCUAUGAACUCUCUGCGGAACGUUGGAGUCCAGUGCAAAGUGUGGAGAAAAUAUUGCUAAGCGUGGUGAGCAUGCUAGCGGAACCAAAUGACGAGAGUGGUGCUAAUGUGGAUGCGGCAAUCAUGUGGCGAGAGCGGAGAGAAGAGUUUAAUAGCAUUGCACAGCGUUUGGUGCGCAAAACGCUUGGUUUGACCACAUAAAGUUGACUGACACGUACGCUCUCUCCCAACCCCACCCCCACCAUACACUCGCCUACAAAAACAGCUAGAACAGGAGCUACAGCAACGAGAACUCAAAUUUGGUGUCUGUGUGUGUGUGUGUGUGUGUAUUCAAAAUUUUAGUUUAAUGCAAAUGCAAAACUGCAAUUGUUAUUGGCAACCCAUCUUUUCGGCAUCCUUUAAACCAAUAUAACUGUUAUUUAUGUGUUUUUUGAUUUCAGUAAGUUUGAUUAAUAUUUCAAGUUUUUGUCAAGUCUGUCAAA